GUCUAAGUUCUAGUUGACAUCCACGCUGCCACGCCUACGUCUACCACUGGAAUAGCUGAAUAGGUACCUAUCAGCCUAUCUACCUUUACGGAGCAAGGGUGGCCGACACAAAAGAACGGGUCAGCUCCUAUCGCCAGUCUUCACAAGCUGCAUAUACCAAAAACCAUUUAACUGGCGACCCGAUUCUUUCAUUCCACGACGGUCGACGUCUUACGAUCCGUUCUUCACCGGCGUCUUCGCGCUUCACCUUCACCUUCACCUUCUCUGAGCCUUCGGCGUAGGCCUAAAUCGCUGGCUGAGCCAUGUCGGCAAGCAAGGCAGCCCGCGUGGGCGAGGAGUACGUUGCCGCACCUGCUCCCUCACUUGUAAACCCUUGACCUAGGCUGACUUGUGCAUGAUCAGAAUCUGGAAGGGUCGAAUCGACAAGGUCAACGCUGAGCUAGUCACACUCACCUACGGCACCAUUGUCGCUCAACUAUGCAAGGACUUCGAGGGCGACUAUGUCGAGGUAAACAAACAACUCGAUCGGAUGGGCUACAACAUUGGCCUGCGGUUGAUUGAGGACUACCUUGCCAAGUCUAACACGAUGCGCCGGUGUACCAACUUCCGCGAGACGGCCGAGAUGAUAGCCAAGGUCGGAUUCAAGAUCUUUCUGAACAUUACCCCAACCAUCACAAACUGGACCAACGACAGCAAGCAAUUCUCCUUGGUCUUCGAAGAGAACCCACUGGCCGACUUUGUUGAGCUGCCCGAUGACGGACGUGCCCAAGAUGAGUUAUGGUAUUCGAACAUCUUUUGUGGCGUUCUGCGCGGUGCUCUGGAGAUGGUACAGAUGCAAGUCGAGGCACAUUUCAUCAGCGAUAUAUUAAGGGGGAAUGAUACUACAGAGAUGCGGAUAAGUCUGAUAAGGUACAUCGACGACGAGCUGCCGCCGGAGGAUGAUUAGAGGAACGAUGUAAUGGUUAAAACGAUAUGCAUGAUCUAGUUAAUGGAGUU